AUGGCGAAAAACGGCGAAAAACGGUCUUCUCUUCCUCACCCAAAAUCAAACACAAACCAAACCCUAGACAUGGCGAAAAGUGUGGAGAAAUCCAAACGCAAGAAACAGCGAAAAUCACGUCGCCGUUCCGAACCGGAAUCGGAAAUGCGUGACCAUUCCGAAGAGGAGCCUAAGAAGGCAAUGAAGCAGCAGCCUAAUCCAGUUGCUGAACCCGAAUCAGAAUCAAAAUCCGAACCGGAAGAGGAGCCUAAGCAGGCAAUGAAGCAGCAGCCUAAUCCAGUUGCUGAACCCGAAUCCGAAUCGGAAGAGGAGCCUAAUCCAAUUGCUGAACCCGAAUCCGAACCCGAACCCGAAUCUGAAGAGGCGCCCAAGCAGUCCAAGAAGCGCAAACAGUUGUCUGCGGUGGAUGAAACUUCUUCGAAGAACAAAAAGGCGGCAUUCCAGAGAAUAUGGAGCGAGGAGGAUGAGAUUGCUCUUCUCAAGGGUCUCUUAGAAUUCAAAAAGGAUGGGAAAAAACUUGAAGACAUGGACUCGUUUCACGAGUUCAUCAAAAAUAAGCUCCACAUGGAGGUGACAAAGACGCAAAUACAGAGCAAGAUCAGAACACUCAAGAAGAAGUACCAAAACAACAAGAACAAGCAAUUCAAAUUCAAGGAAGGUGAUGGUGGCGGUAAAGAAAAGUUUGAGCUAUCCCAACUUUUGUGGGGGACUGAGUUGUUGAAGCCUUUGAGUAGAGAAAGUAUGAAUGUUGUUUUGGGGGAAGAUAAGGAAUGGAAGAAGCUGUUGGUUCAUGAGACAGAGGCUUAUCUCAAGUGUCAACGCACCAAGAUUGCACAUCAAAAUGCUAAGAUUGAACAUCACAAUGCCAAGAUUGAACAUCAAAAUGCUAAGAUCGCAAGGGCACACCACCUUCUCAACCUCAUCAAAUGA